CAGGACGAGGCCAGAACCAGACCAGAACCAGACCAGGAUCAGACGUGACAGGGUAUCAUGUAUGUGACAAGUCUGUUUGUGAGCGCACUGCUGAUGGCACACCUCACCAGCUCCUACCCUACAGGCUCCGGCCCCACGGGCAGCAGCCUGGCACCAGUAGUGGAGCUGCAGGGCCUUCUGGACAGACUGGAGUCCCUCACAGAGCAGAGGCCUGUGAAGGCCCCCAUAACCCAGAGAGAAGAGGAGUAUGCCCCAGCGUCACAGAGAAGAGAGGAGGCGUAUGCUCCAGCCUCACCUAGGGCAGAGGAGGGUUAUGAAGAUGGGGCAGCAGACUCAGACCUGCUCCAGAACCAUCUGAACCUAGCCCUAAUCCGUGAGCUCCUCUCUGCUCAGAACCUGAGGGCUGUCCGGAACAACAACAACAACUCCCCCCGCAGCUCGUCUGGAUGCUUCGGUCGCCGCAUGGACCGCAUCGGCUCCAUGAGCUCGCUGGGCUGCAACACCGUGGGGAACAACAGUCCCAAGUCAGCGUGAAGUCUUACAUCUCAUCUCUCUGGACCAUCGUGACCAAAAGUGUUGUUCCUACUAUUUAUUUCCAUUAUUUAUUGAAUGUUUAUAUUAUAACAUAUUUAUUGAUGCUGUUUAUAGUUUGUUUACUUUCUGAUGAUUGUAUUGUAUGAAAGUUUUGUUCAUUAAAGGUUUACAUUUGCA